UUCCUAUUUAUAUUACUUGCCUUCAAAACUAGCUAUUAUAUUUAUGUAUAAUUAAUAAAAUAAAAUACAUGGAUCAACUGGAAGAUCACAAAUCCAUAAUAGAAGAGUCAAAGUUCAAAAGGGUUUGUGUUUUCUGUGGAAGUAGUUCUGGUAAAAGAGAUUGCUACCGUGAUGCUGCCCUUGAGCUUGGCCAAGAGCUGGUUUCAAAAAAGAUAGACCUCGUUUAUGGAGGGGGAAGUAUUGGACUAAUGGGCAUUGUAUCUCAAGAAGUCCAUCGCAGUGGUGGACACGUACUUGGAAUAAUCCCCAAGGCUCUGAUGCGUAAAGAGAUAACCGGGGAAACAAUCGGAGAGGUAAGAACAGUUGCAGACAUGCACCAAAGGAAGGCCGAGAUGGCCCGCCAUUCUGACUGUUUCAUUGCUCUUCCAGGUGGCUAUGGAACUUUGGAAGAGUUAUUAGAAGUCAUCACGUGGGCCCAGCUUGGAAUUCACGACAAACCUGUGGGUUUGCUUAAUGUGGAGGGCUACUAUGAUUACCUACUCACUUUCAUAGACCAAGCAGUAGAAGAGGGCUUUAUUUUUCCUUCACAACGUAACAUACUCAUCUCUGCUCCUAACGCUCCAGAACUAGUUAAAAAACUAGAGGAGUACGUUCCAUUGCAUGAAGGAGUGGUGGCAAAAGCGAAGUGGGAGGUUGAACAAGUGGAGCUGAAUUUGAAUUUGCAGAAGAGUAUUGCUCGUUGAUGCCAAAAAAAUGAAAAGGGAGGGUGGUGUUACUGAUGAUCAAGCAACAACUGUAAAAUAUUUCAUUUUAUUUUCUUACCUUAUUUAAUCUUCAUUUAAUUUACGUGCCAAAGUUUAGUGACGGCUUCUAUAUAUAGUACUAGUCUUUUUUUUUAAUGUAGGUGAUAAUUAUAAAAACGUGUAUUAAUUAACUUUUGGAUGAUAAAAGAUAUAUAACAUAAUGCCAAACCCUAUAAUAUAUAUAAUAAUUAAGUUUGUUUACUUAA